AUGACCGGGAAAUGCUGUAGUAAUGAUGCUUCCUUAUUCGGUUCUAUGGUCAAUAUUGGUGCUAUCAUCGGGGCGCUUGGCGGUGGCCCCGUCAACGAGAAGAUUGGCCGUAAAUGGAGCCUCAUUGGUGCAUCCCCUUUAUUUCUAUUGGCCUUUUUAUGGAUCGGUCUAGCGCGCACCGCGUGGCAGCUUAUCGUGGCUCGUGUCAUCGUCGGCAUUGCCCUUGGCAUGAGCUCCUUCAGCGUGCCCACUUACAUCGGUGAAGUUGCUCCCACCAAAUACCGCGGUAUUUUCGGUGCUUGCAAUCAGCUUGGGAUUACUAUCGGCAUCCUCCUGGCUUAUCUCUUUGGGUUGGCUUUCCGCACCCAAGCUGGGUCGAUCGAUCCAGAAGCCACAUCAAGAACAUUCUGUAACUGGCGAACACUCAGCUUCGUAUACAUCAUCCCGGCGGCUCUGCUGGGAAUAUGCAUGUUCUUCGCACCCGAAUCUCCCCGUUGGUUAGCUGAAAAGUCACGUAUCGAGGAAGCCAAGGGGAUCGUUAUUAAACUGCGUGGAGGUGAUGCGGAAGAUCCUGUGGUAAAAGCUGAGCUCAUGGCCUUGGAGGCUAUCAAGUCCAAAAGAGACAGCGAAGAGAAGGGAUCCGUCAUGACAUCUCUAAAAGCAUUGAAUAGAUGUCGGAUGCAAGUUUUCAUUGGUAUCAUGUCGCAAGUACUGCAGCAGUUCUCUGGCAUCAACGCUAUCAUUUUUUACCAAACUUCUAUCUUUCAAGCCGCGGGCAUCGACAAUAAGGAUGAGGUAGCAUUGACGGUCAUGGCUGUGUCAGUUGGCGUGACCGCCAUCGCGGUUGGGAUUGUUGACAAACUGGGUAGGAGGAUUCUCCUCGUCUCUGCUUCCUCUGGAAUGUGCAUCUCUGCAGUAUGUGAAGGCGUCUUUUUCUAUCUUAACGAGGUGUCCGGUAUCAACAAUAUUGGAUGGUUGGCCAUCACUUCUGCCUACUGUUACAUCGCGUCUUUUUCUCUGGGUGUUGGCGCAAUACCAUGGUUGAUCAUGGCCGAACUUUUCCCCGACGAAGUGCGAGGUCUGGCUGCUUCUUUAGUUACUAUGGUCAACUGGUUGUGCUCCUUCAUCGUCACUCAUUUCCUGGAUCAACUCCGGGAAGCUAUCACUUUUUACGGAGUCUUCUGGCUUUUUGCUGGAAUAUGUCUCAUCAUGGUUGUAUUCGUAUUGUUUAUAGUUCCCGAAACGAAAGGUAAAACAUUUGAGGAAAUCCAGACUUACUUUCAUCACAAGUAUAGUGUCAGAAAUAGUGAUAACAGACGGACUCCCACCGUUGUGGUUCUCUCCGGUGAGUGA